CCCAAUGGGGGUAUGAACCCGCAUGCCUUGGACACCCCCAAAACAGACCAAUCUUUAGUUAUUGUCCCAACACUACACAUGACUUUGUUUCUCAAUCUCUCCCCAUAAAUACCUCUCCACACCCUUCAUUCCUCCCCACCGCCACCUUCCCACUUUUCCUCUCUCUCUCUCUCUCUCUAAAAAAAAACUCAAUGGCUCUUAGGAAAUCAGCAUCCCUGAAGCAAAUCCUGAAAAGGUGCUCAAGCCUUGGUAAGAACAAUAGUGGUCUUCCUCAUGACAUACCAAAAGGCCAUUUUGCUGUAUAUAUAGGAGAAAACAGAAGCAGAUACAUUGUUCCAGUUUCGUGGUUGGCUCAUCCGGAGUUUCAGAGUCUACUUCAAAGAGCCGAAGAAGAGUUCGGGUUUAAUCAUGACAUGGGUCUUACCAUUCCUUGUGAAGAAGUGGUUUUUCAAUCUCUAAUAUCCAUGAUCGGAUGAGAGACACGACGAUGAUGAUCAACCAGAGCUAGCUAGGUGGUUUAAUUUAUGGAAUUUUUCUUGAGAAUUAAUAUUAACAUAGCAAAAAUGGAAUUUGCUUGUAGCAACUCAUGGCAUGUGAUAAUUCUAACCAAAAUCCAUUUGACUCUUUUGUGGGUCGGGUUUGUAUAUUGUUGAGUUGGACAUGUUUAUACUGCUGACCCUGUUGGUUGUACUAUUAAAAUAACUGAUAUCAUUCAACUGAGUCUCUCUCUCUCUCUCAUUAUGUGUUUUUUUAUUCUGCCUUUGCAUUUUUUGUUUAUUUAUUUUUUAUUAUAAAGUUAUAAAUCUGUUGAUGCAUGUACUGGUUUUUAAGGGAUGAAUCAAACAGUCAUAC